AUACACCGCUGACUGCUCUAGGAGGAGGUAACUCCACCCAAUCACCUCACCCCGGCCCGUUUCUCCCCAUUCUUUUCCUCACCCCACUCCAGCCUCCAAUCAGUCACCAUCCGUGCAAUCUCUGUAUCACGGUCAGGACUGCGCUCCAGGAAUGGCGCCGUGCCGCCUGCUCCGAGUCGGCUGGGGGCUCCAACCCCUGUGCGCCUCUCGCCUUGCCGCGGCGCUGUGCGCGGCUGUGGUCGUCGCGCUGGCGCUGGCGCCCGCCUCGGACGCCACCUCGGCGUCGCUCGUGGGCAUCAACUACGGCCGCGUCGGGAACAACCUCCCGCCGCCGCAGUCCGUGCUGCCGCUGCUCGAGGGCCUCGGCAUUGGCCGCGUGCGGAUGUACGACGCCGACCCCGCCGUGCUGCGCGCGUUCGCCCGCACCGGGGUCGAGCUCGUCGUCGGCGUGCCCGACGAGUGCCUGGCCGCCGUCGCCGACCCGGGCGGCGCCGCGCGGUGGCUCAAGGAGAACCUCGUGCCCUUCCUGCCGGACACCAAGAUCGCCGUGCUCACCGUCGGCAACGAGGUGCUCACCGGCAGCAACAGCUCCUCGCUCUCGCGCGUCCUGCUCCCGGCGAUGCAGUCCCUGCACGGCGCGGUGGGCGCGCUCGACCUCGACAAGCAGAUCACCGUCACCACGGCGCACAACCUCGGCGUGCUCGGCACGUCGUACCCGCCCUCGGCGGGGGCGUUCCGCAAGGACCUGCUCCCGUACCUCUGCCCCAUCCUCGACUACCACGCCCGGACCGGCUCGCCGUUCCUCGUGAACGCGUACCCCUACUUCGCCUACUCGGGCGACCCCAAGGGCGUGCAGCUGGACUACGCCCUGCUCGAGCCGGGCUACCCGGGCGUCCCCGACCCCAACUCCCGGCUGCACUACCCCAACCUCCUCGUCGCGCAGGUGGACGCCGUGUACCACGCCAUCGCGACGGCCAACGCCGCGGCGUCGCGGGUGGUGGAGGUGCGGGUCUCCGAGACCGGGUGGCCCUCCGCGGGGGCCGCCAACGAGACCGGCGCGACGCCGCAGAACGCGGCGCGGUACAACAGCAACGCGAUGCGGCUGGUGGCGGAGGGCAAGGGCACGCCGCUCAAGCCCGGGGUGCCGUUGCGCGCCUACGUGUUCGCGCUCUUCAAUGAGAACCUCAAGCCCGGGCUGGCGUCCGAGCGCUACUACGGCCUGUUCAAGCCCGACGGCACGCCGGCGUACGAGCUCUCCUUCAAGCUGCCGCGCGACAACUCCACCUUUGGCCACGGCGGCGGCGGUUUCGGAGGUAACGGCAAUGGCAACAGCGGGUACAUUAGCGGCGGCGGAAACAGCAACGGCUACUACGACAUCUCGGCUUCGACGCGUGAUCCUCCGGGCCGCUGGCGGAUGUGGGCGCAGGCGGCAGUGGCAGGUGCAGCAGCCGUGCUGAUGGUGGCAGCGUGAGACCACAGUGUGGCGCCGCUGGGCGGUGGCAUUGUCUUGAGGAAUGGCAGAAUCGUCAGGGGUAGGUAGAUGGAUGUAGGAUCAGGAUGAAGUGGAGCUGCCGACCUGCCGUCCUGGGGCAGCGGCAUUGGCGACGAGCUGAUCUUGUGCUGCUCGUUUGUUUGUGGUUCUGACUUCUGAGACCGAUCUGUUGCUGUGCAGGUGCAGCUAAGCACUAAGCAGCAAUGGAUCACUUCCCGGUUUCGAGUUUGCCUGCCUCCUGGAAAAGUGUGGGAAAAAAAAUUGAAGUCACAAUUUGCCGUGACAAAGAAAAUUUUACCACACUUUUUUUUUCCUCUAUGGCAUGCAGAGUUCGAAGAAUCCUGUUAAAUGUUAGAUGUCCAACUAAAUACUUGAUCAAAUUAUGGCAGGAACCGAGGACCGGACAGUUCCUGGAGCAAUUCCGGAGGAUAGAAGGAACGUGCAGUAGCGCAUAGGUUACUUUAAACAAAGGUCGCGUCCCCGUCCCUUCAGUCCUGAAAUCCUGUACACAUGUGCAUGAACCAUGAUUGUGCUGUCGUUCGUUUUUGGCAGUGACUUUGCUGCA